AUGUUUCCAACAGGAACACGAAUCAUUUAUGAAAGAAAGUUUUUGAUGGAGCUACGUAAUUCCCCACUGGCCCGGACUCCGCCAUCCAACUUGCCGGUGAUUCCUGGGAUAACAUGUGACAGCAAAGUGAAGCCGCAGGAGACAAUUCCAGAAGAACAUUCACCAGGCGUUGAAGAGGCAAAGGCCACUUCAGGUAUGUUCAUAUACUACUUUAUUAAUUCCGAUUUGAUGUAGUACAUAUUUAGCCCAUGUAGGCAUGGUAUCUCAGAUGACCACCAAGUGAACCAAAACUUUAUCAGAUCAGGGCAGAUCUAGUCCUAAUAGCUAGCUCAAUAGCAAUUUUAGCCUUAUUUUUAGACUAUGUAGUCUUAGUUGAUAGCCAUUUACAGACUCUGCAUAGGUUUAGAUUUGGUAAAGUUGCUGCCCGCCUACAAAUAAAACUUUCGGCGUUUCCAACUCCCCCCACAUGGUUUUGGGGUUGACCUGUCCAAAAGUAUUCCCUCAACUGGGAUUUGUUAAAGUUGCUGCCCCGCCAUAUGGACAUUCAAGGCCUACUCACUGUUGGUGUCCCUCUAUUAUGAAGCAGUCACAAUCAGCAGCCUUCAUCUUAUUAUUGUUCAUUCCAUAUGCAACAUGGCUACAUGUGCGGUAAACAUAAUACAUUUCAAUAAUUUUGAGUGUGCAUUUUGUACAUUUAUUAUCUAGACCUAACCAGGAGCAGUUGUGAAAGAUGUAACUGUCGGCCCUCGUGCAGGAAUUUGACCUUGAACUUAAAUGUCCUGUAGUUGCAUUUUUAACAACUGCUCCUCGUCUAAUAAGUCUAAUAAAUGUAUAAAAUUCGCACUCGAAAUUCCCAGACCUGUACAAAACCCUGCUACAAUAGACCUUUCCCCUUUUGCGUGAAAUUUUGAUCUAGACAAGCGUGGACAAAAAUUUCAUCACAGCUUGAAAGAGCAUCACAAAAUUAGUAAUAUUCCGAAGUUUCGUUGCGAAAUGUUGCGAAAUGCGGAUAAUAUAUGUAGCCUUGUGAAGUUUGCUGUUUUUCAGUCAUUUUGCAUUUACAAAUGGGAAAUUGAUAAUCAGAUGAUCAAAUGGGAAAUUGAUAAUCAGAUGAUCAAAUGGGAAAUUGAUAAUCAGUUUGAUCAUCUGAUUAUCAAUUUCCUGUGCCUAAUACAAAAUGACUGAAAAACGGCAAACUUCGCAAGGCGGCUAUAUUAUCCGCAUUUUACAACAUUUUGCAACGAACCUUCGGAAUAUUACUAAUUUUGUGAUGCUCUUCCAAGAUCAAUGGCAUAUCUAGAUCAAAAUUUCACUCACAAGGGGAAAGGUCUAUUAGUUAUAUCGAGUGUGGAAGUCCACAAUCCUAAACUUCAAUAAUGCAUAUUUUCUAGGUGUUGAAGACCACACCCAAUUCCAAAUGGAUAUUUGA